AUGCAAGACUUACCAGCAGAUGUUAUUUUGGGAAAUGACUUGGGAGAGCUAACCUCCGCUUUUAUUCCAAGACCAACCACACAGGAGGCAUACCCAGUCGUCACCCGACAACAAGCUCGCACCACGGCACCACCCACCGACUCUGAGGCUCAAGUAAGCGAUACCAACCCCACUCACACUACCCUACCCUGGGAUGCCCCUUUAGAAUUUGGUAGCGAGGUCGCCCUAGAUCCGUCUUUGCAGGUCUACAAAGACCGAAUAGACAAGAACCAGGACCGCUUGGAGGCUUUAACCCAGACGGUGCGUACCAACCUUCAAGUGGCCCAGCAAAGACAGCGCAGAUGCUCCAGAUAUAUCGUUACAAACAUGAACCACCGAUUCAAGCAGAAGAAUCACUGCCUCUUUGGUAGCCAGUUUAACCAGACCACAAGAAACUUCCAUAAUAACACAUUGCAUCAUUUAGGAUCCUACAAAGGCCAUCAUGUUGUUUGCCAUCAAUCCUAUCAAGGUGGAUUCAAUAAUAAUUUGUUAUCAUACAACCCCCAAUAUGGAGGAUUCCAUACAGGAUAUCAUAGUCCCGAGCACUACCCUCAUCAAGGACUCCGCAAUUUUGGAGGGAUCUUUAGAAACUCCCAUCAUGAAGACUUCCAAAGAACUAAUAAUCGUUUCUCAAACAACUUCCAUUAUGGAGGAUUCCAAAACUCAAAUUAUGGUUGGUGGCAGAAAAGACUUCAUGGAGGAAACCAACACUUGCACCAUGAAGGAUUCCAUCAAGCUUCUAGACACAUAACUCCUCCAAGAGAACAUAAUGUGACCACUGUUUACAGACAUUUCAAUCACAGAUUUGGAUAUUAUCAGGUGGGGCAAAACUAUGACCAUGGGACAUAUUUAAAAAACACUGGAAGAAAUGGUGGCCAGAACAGAAAAGGCUUCUAUAAUAUUAAUAACAAGGAGUCCAUGAAACACCUGAACGAAAGACUUUCAUCUUAUAUGGAGAAUAUCCGCUCAUUGGCACAAGAAAAUAUUCAUUUGAAGAGGAACAUCUGUGAGUGGUAUUCAAAAAAAACCUCCCCAACACUCCCUGACUCAAACAAAUAUUUGAAGAUAAUAGAGGAGAUUCGGUGUCAGAUUUCCAAAGAAAUCAGGGAAAAUACCAGGAUUAUUCUAGAAACUGAGAAAUCCAAACUGGCCAUCGAUGACCUAAAUAUUAAGUAUAAAGAAAAAUGCGAGUUUAAUAGUAUGGCAACAGAUGUGAAAAGUCUUCAGAGAACAUUGGGAGUACUUAACCAAGAGACUGCAGAGCUGAACAGACAAGUUGAAAACCUCCAGCAAGAGAUUCAGCAGAUGCGAAGGGAUCACGAAGAGAAGAUGAAAAUGCAGCUUCCAGAACUGGGCCACCGAGUUAACGUUGAAGUGAAAGCUGCUUCAUCUGCUGAACUGACUCAAGCGUUACUAGAAAUGAGAAAGAAAUAUGAAAAAGAUAUGGAGAAGAACCUUAGAGAUGCUGAAAUCAUCUUUCGACAAAGUAUCGAAGUUCUGUAUAAAAAUGGGUCUUCUGGCCUUGAGCAGAUAGAACCAGUUCAGACAGAGCUCAUUCAUUUGAAGAAAUCUCUGCAGACCCUAGAGAUUGAAUUUCAACGUGAUGAGGACAUGACAUCUACUCUGGAGAAUACCCUAGAAGAAACACAAGACCUCUAUGCAUCAAAGCUCAAUCAAUUACAAUAUAUCAUCACUAAACAAGAAGGAGCCCUGGCACAGACUCGAUCAGAAAUGGAAAACCGGAAACAAGAAUACCACCUUCUCAUUGCUGAAAAAACUCGUUUAGAAAUGGAGAUAACUACCUACAAACACUUGCUGGAUGGACAUGACACCCUCGUAGAUGAAAUCCUGAAGAAACAUGGAAACUGUGGAAAACAAGAUAUGAUGAAACAUGACACAGAGAAAUCCUCGAAAAAUUAUUGCUAAGAACUUAAUGAAGAAUAUCCUGGACAUCAUCGUGGUACACCAAACCUACUCAGCAUAACAUAUUCUAACAUUCUUUUCUUACUUUUUCUCUUCUAAAAUGGUAUAUUGUAUGUGACGAAUGCAUUGGUUUAGGGACUUUAAGUCACUCUUUUUUAAAGGAAUCAUGUAUCCUAUUGUUAAAAUCUGCAGAACAUGCAGAUUAUAGAUGGCAAACAGAGUGGUGAAAAGCAGUUUUUGAAACAUUUAUUGAUUGAGAGAAACAUUGACACUGACCAAUGACAGUAAUUAGAUCAAGAACGAUCUCUAAAGACCU